AUGCCUUUGACCUCAUCGACUGAGAGACCAGGAGCGAUCUCCCUCGACCAGCCGCAGACGAUCCGAGCUACGAAAAAUGGAUCUUUGUUUAUCUCGGUCGGUACCACUCUGUGGGCUAGCGUUGAUGACGGUAUUGACUUCUCCUCAGUCAACUGGAGCCUUCUCCAGGGGAUAAUGUCCACCGUACUUCGGAGCAAUCGAGCCGAGAACGUCGUUCUCUAG